CUUAGGUUGAAGAAUUUAACCUUAUAAGUUGUUAUUUUCCCACAUGUGUCUCAGCUCUCAUGGUUUGGGACAUGUGAAAACCAGCAAAGUGUUGUACUGUGAGCUAAACUCUGUGGCAGGUUCGGCACUCAGCUGUACAAUGGCUAACUGGGACUAUGACUAUCUGAUCAAGCUGCUGGCUCUGGGGGACUCAGGAGUGGGAAAGACCACCUUCCUCUACAGGUACACUGACAACAAGUUCAACCGCAAAUUCACAACCACAGUGGGCAUCGACUUCAGGGAAAAGAGAGUGGUUUAUACGGGGACAGGUGUAGAUGGGGCAACUGAGAAGAACUUCAAAGUUCACCUUCAGCUCUGGGACACAGCAGGACAAGAGAGGUUCCGCAGCCUCACCACAGCUUUCUUCCGAGAUGCCAUGGGCUUCCUGUUGAUGUUUGACUUGACCAAUCAGCAAAGUUUCCUCAAUGUCAGAAACUGGAUGAGUCAGCUGCAGGCCAACGCGUACUGUGAGAGUCCAGAUGUGGUGUUGGUGGGUACCAAGGCAGACGUCAGAGACAUGAGAAGUGUUCACGCCAGGCAAGCCAGAGAUCUGGCAGACAGAUAUGGCAUCCCGUACUUUGAGACGAGUGCAGUGACGGGUGCUGAUGUGGACCUGGCGGUGACCACCCUGCUGAAUUUGGUGAUGAAGAGGAUGGAGCAGAGCACAUACGGGGGCCAAGGCUCAGAACCCAAUGGCAGCCCCGUCUCCAGCCAUGAAGUGGAGGAGGCAUCUGUGAGGAGCAGGUGUGCCUGCUGAUGUUGCAACCAUCAGCUCCUCUUUUCUCUUUUACACCAUAUAUCACUGCAUUUUGAGAUCCUACCAUUUUCUCGAGAUCUACAACAGCCUGUGAAAUGAGACAUUUGAGAUCCUAAAACCAAGCAAAAUAUAAGCCCAUACUGUACAUGAAAGGAGAAGAGCUUUGGAAAGUUUCAUUUAAAGCGUUAUUAUUGUUACAGUAUAAAUUCGUCUUCUAGUGUUAUUUAUUCACACACUUUGUAUUGUCAGAAACAACAUAAAAGAAAACUGCAAAAUGAAACAACUGUAUGUCCACUUAUAAAAAACUGCAGUACUAUGUAAAAGUCUUGAACCCCUUAUUUCUUUAUAUUUUGCAUCCAAGGAGCCAAACUUUCUUAUUAUGUUGGUCUUUACUUUCUGAAGGUCAUUCAAAGUUUUUCUUUGGACACUGGCUGUUUUUAACACAUUAUCUGAAAAAUGUUUAUUUAAGCCACUUUAGCCUGACUUAUAAUCAUUCACCGGAAAAUAUGCAACUCAGCAGAUGAGCCAGUAUUGUGUCUACACAUAGGAAACAACUUGGCAAAUAACCAGUCAAUACCCGUGUCUUUCAAGUUCUUUCUUUACGAUUGAAAACUCAAUUUCUUACUUUUUAAACUGCAUUUCCAUAUAUGUCUGUUUGAAAAACAUUCCUGGCCCUUAUUCCCAUUUUCAAGUAAAGUAGUGGUCCAAAGACUUACACAGCUCUGUGAACAGGUCGAAUAUUGGCUCUUUUGACAUGUUUGUACAAACACACCACAGAUAAAGAUAUGGGUUCAAACAAAUGCCCCAGAGUAAUUUUUAUAAUUCAAAAAAAUGAUUAAAAAUAUAGAUAGAUACAAGACAGAUAGAAAAAGUAAGUACACACUGAUACAUUUAUCUUUCUUUAAGUGUAAAAUUAGGUGGUUGGGUUGCUAGUGUUUUGAAGAACUUUAUGCAGUGAUAUUUAAACAUGUGGUC